AUGAGUCGGACCGAGACUGAUUUGGCCAUUAAUAUCCGCAAGGCUACAAGUAUCGAGGAGACCGCCCCCAAACGAAAACAUGUGCGGAGCUGUAUCGUCUAUACAUGGGACCACAAGUCGUCGGCUGCCUUCUGGGCUGGCAUGAAAGUGCAGCCUGUCCUCGCCGACGAGGUCCAGACGUUCAAGGCCCUGAUCACGAUACACAAGGUUCUUCAGGAGGGCCACCCCAUGGUUGUACGCGAGGCGCAGCAGCACACAAACUGGAUUGAUAGCUUAAUGAGAGGUGUUGGUGGCGACGGCAUUCGAGGAUACGCUCCGCUCAUCCGAGAAUAUGUCUUCUUCCUCGAGUCGAAGCUGGCCUUUCACCGCAACCACCCCGAGUUCAAUGGAUUGUUUGAGUAUGAGGAGUAUAUUAGUUUGAAGUCGAUCAAUGAUCCGAACGAAGGCUACGAGACAAUUUCCGAUCUCAUGGCUUUGCAAGAUCAAAUUGAUUCCUUCCAGAAACUCAUCUUCUCAAACUUCCAGUCCGGCACGAACAAUGAAUGUCGGAUCUCGGCAUUGGUCCCCCUUGUGCAAGAGAGCUAUGGCAUUUACAAGUUCAUCACCAGCAUGCUAAGAGCCAUGCACACAACCACUGGAGACGAUGAGGCUCUUGAGCCCCUCCGAGGCCGGUAUGAUGCCCAGCACCACCGCCUUGUUCGGUUCUACUAUGAGUGUUCCAACUUGCGCUACCUGACCGGUCUCAUUACCAUCCCAAAAUUGCCACAAGAUCCUCCGAAUCUGCUUGCCGAAGACGACGACCGCCCAGCUCUCCCUAGGCGACCGGCAAAAGAGGUGGAAAGUCAGCCCUCCCCGCCGCCCAAGGUCGCUGCUGAACCCGAGCCGAUCAACGAUUUCUGGACCAACGAAGCCAAGCGUCAACAAGAAGAGUACGAGGCGGAACAACAGCGCUUGCAGCAGCAGUGGGAGGAUCAGCAACGCCAGCAGGCCCUUGCGCAACAGCAGGCACAGAAUGACUUUGAAGAACAGCAGCGUUUGCAGGCGGAACAGCAACGACUGGCACAGGAGCAACUUCUCCGUGAUCAGUAUCAAACACAUACACAAGGCCGACUUGCAGAGUUGGAGCAGGAGAACCUCAAUGCUCGUGCCCAGUAUGAGCGGGAUCAGUUGAUGCUGCAACAAUAUGACCGCCGUGUCAAGGACCUCGAGGAGCAGAUGAACCAUUUGAACUCGAACCUGAACCUCCAAAGUGCUUCGAAGGACGAGCAGAUCCGAGCUCUGCAAGAGCAGGUAAACACCUGGCGUUCUAAGUACGAGGCGUUGGCAAAGCUGUACUCGCAGCUUCGACAGGAGCACCUUGAUCUUCUGCAAACCACAAAGAGCCUCAAGCUCAAGGCGGCCUCUGCACAGGAAGCAAUCGACCGCCGCGAGAAGCUGGAGCGCGAGCUCAAGACCAAGAACUUGGAGCUGGCUGACAUGAUCCGGGAACGUGACCGUGCUUUGCAUGACCGUGACCGCUUGACAGGCACCAACAAGGAUGACUUAGAGAAGCUCAAGCGAGAAUUGCGCAUGGCCAUCGAGCGUGCUGAAAAUGCAGAGCGCUCCAAAGGCACCGAGAUAUCAUCCAUGCUUUCCAAGUACAACCGCGAGAUGGCCGAUUUGGAAGAGUCUCUCCGAAUCAAGACCCGGGCUUUGGACGAGUACUCCAGCCGUAACAAUGACCGACAGGGAGACCAUGACUUGGCCCUUCGUGAGAAGGACGAGGAGAUUGAGGUGUACAAAUCUGGAAUGGAACAGGCUCUUAUGGAGCUGGAGGAGCUGAGAAUGAACCAAGGAGAUGUCGACCAUGCGCUGGACAGCCAGAUUGACACUGUGCUUCACGGCACAGUGGCAAAGAUCAACGAUAUCAUCGACUCUGUAUUGCAGACUGGUGUGCAGCGUGUCGAUGAUGCUCUGUACGAAUUGGACUCGUCUAUGCAGGCUGGUAACCAGAACGCCUCUCCCCCAUAUGUUCUUUCGCAGAUCGAAAAGGCAUCGGCCUCUGCGACCGAGUUUUCCACGGCCUUCAACAACUUUAUUGCCGAUGGGCCCAACAGUCCCCAUGCUGAGAUCAUCCGCACAGUCUCUAUCUUCUCCGGAUCCGUAUCGGAUGUGUUGAGCAAUACCAAGGGUCUGAUUCGCUUCGCCAACGACGAUAAGAGCUCUGAUCAUCUUGUCAAUGCGGCUCGCAAGUCUGCACAAGCGACCGUGCGGUUCUUCCGUGGCUUGCAAUCAUUCCGUCUCGAAGGUCUGGAGCCUCUACAGAAGACAGAUGUGGUCAUCAACAACAACCUUGAAGUUCAACGUGAUCUCCAGUCGUUGUCGAAGCUGGUUGACUCGUUUGCUCCCAAGAACAGCAAGAUCAGUACAAAUGGUGAUCUGGGUGAUCUCGUCGACCAGGAGCUGCUGAAGGCCGCUGAUGCCAUCGACGCAGCUGCCCAGCGUCUUGCCAAACUCAAAAACAAGCCUCGUGAUGGGUUCUCGACUUACGAGCUGCGCAUCAACGAUGUCAUUCUUGCUGCCGCAAUUGCCGUCACCAACGCAAUCUCGGAGUUGAUCAAAGCCGCCACAGAAACCCAGCAGGAGAUUGUCCGCGAAGGCCGUGGUAGCUCUUCUCGUACUGCCUUCUACAAGAAGAACAACCGCUGGACGGAGGGCUUGAUCUCUGCCGCCAAGGCAGUGGCUUCUUCGACCAACACAUUGAUCGAGACUGCAGAUGGUGUUAUCUCCGGUCGCAACUCGCCCGAGCAGCUCAUUGUCGCCUCUAACGAUGUCGCAGCCAGCACUGCCCAGCUUGUUGCAGCCAGUCGCGUGAAGUCAAUCUUCAUGAGCAAAACCCAGGACCGCCUGGAGACAGCCAGUAAGGCUGUCGGUGCCGCUUGCCGUGCUCUUGUAAGACAGGUGCAAGACAUCAUCAAGGAAAAGAACCGAGACGGCGAUGACGCAGAGGAUUAUGGAAAGUUGAGCUCGCACGAGUUCAAGGUCCGCGAAAUGGAGCAACAGGUCGAAAUUCUUCAACUCGAAAACGGUCUCGCUCGUGCGCGCCAGCGUCUCGGCGAGAUGCGCAAGAUCUCUUACCAGGAGGACUGA